GUAAACGAUUAAAAUACAAUUUCUCCCAUUUGAUAUGUCUUUUAGGAACUCUCUGCAGAAUAUCCUUUCGAUACGAUUUUAGAAAAUGACAAUAGCCAAUAAAGCCUAAAUGAGCUGAUAGACAGUGUUAUCCAAGAAAGUUAUAACGUGCCUGUUCUGUCAGCAGCAAGAAUUGAAUUAAACAAUAACCAAAGUUCCGACAUCUCAGUUAUAGAUAUAUUGAAAAGUUUGCAACAAAAAAUAACGAUUGAUAAGAUUAACAAGUUUAACGUCUUUCGGAGCGAUAUUUUUAAUUGCUGCGUGCGCGCUAUGCGGCGUAAAACAUUUAAUCCUUUACAUAAAAUAUCGGUCAAGUUCAGCGAUUAUGAGGGAAAUGCUGAAGGGGCAAUAGAUGCAGGUGGACCAAGCAGGGAAAUGUUCCGCCUAGUGCUGGAAUACCUGAAAAAUAGUGAAUUAUUUACUGGGAAGAACAAAAAGCAUAUUACUCUUAAUAACCGAUGUAUUCAAGAUAAUCUAUAUGUUGAAGCUGGAAAAAUUAUUGCUUUAUCUCUGGUACAUGGCGGCCCUGGUCCACAUUUUUUUUCGCAAACAUUAUUUUCGUUACUAGCUUAUGGCCACGAAAAUACUGUACCUACUUUAGACGACGUAGACGAAGACAUUCGUACUGCAAUAGUUAAAUUACAAGAGUUGGAAAUCCUCUCUGAUUUACAAGAGAUGCUGAUAUCAGAAAAUAUAUUUUCUAUUGCUGGCUGUCAGUUCAUUUCCAAUAUGAAUGAAAAACAUACAAUUAUAACAGAUACCGUAAAGUUCUAUGCCAUUAAACGCAUAGAAAAUCCCUUGAAUCAGUUAAUUGAAGGGUUGAGUAUUUGCGGCCUUUAUGAACAAAUUCGGUUAUAUCCCCAUCUAUUCGAAAACCUAUUUUGCCAAGAGAAAUCACGACUGACGGCCGACAGUUUGGAAUGUACGUUCGUUAUGCAAUAUAGCGAAGUAGGUUCAAAUAAACGAUUACUAGAAAAUCGGGCGAUGUCAUAUUUUAGAGAUUUUCUGGCAGACUGUGAGGAAGAUGAAACAAUACAAAAUGAAGAAUGUCAAGAUAGAGAGCUGGAUGAGCAGCGGUCAGUUACACUAACUGAUGUUUUAAUCUUUGCUACUGGAGCAGAUGUGCUUCCCCCUUUAGGAUUUCCAGUUAAACCUACAAUUCAAUUUUUACAUGGUGAAGAUUCAAGGUCAUUUCCCAUGGCAAACACAUGUGGUCUUGAAUUUAAACUACCCACCUGCCAUUCAACAUACGAACAAUUUAAAGAAAACAUGAAUUUUGCUAUAGGAAAUUGCAAAAGCUUUGGUUUUGCAUAAUAUAACAUUUAUGUGCACUUAUUGAUAUUUAAAAUUUAGACCAAGUAGAAUUUAUAAUUAUACAUACCCUAGCGUAGACGUGUUCUACUUAUAAAGAUU